GGACAUCUUACUAUCGAACUCGGGGAACGCAUUGGCGGCGGUAGAUCCGCUGUCGUGUACGCCGCGACAGUCGUCACUGCUACACCCCGGGAAGACGGUGCUCCUUGGACCAAAGACCCGUUCAAGCUGGAGCUCUGUGUCAAGGUGGCACGACCGAACCGCUGUCGCUCGCUCGCCCGGGAGGGAUGGAUGUACGAGCAGUUGACCGAGAACGCACUCCAAGGCGUGAUCACUCCUCGCUGCUACGGAUUCUUCACCGCCGAGCUCGCACGCGAACGGGCGCAGUUCCCUCUCUGGUCGAGUGACGAUUUUGACCUCGACAGAACUCCCGGCGAUCGUAAAUCCGACGAUCCUACCUGCGACGAUCCCCUCCUUGACGAUGACGAAGAGGAUGAUGCCGACGACGCCAACUCUACUCCCGGAGGUAGGGAGCUCUCACCAUGGCUCGACUGGCGCCCCAGACCAGACGCGCCGCUCUUGUCGGUCCUCGUGAUGGCUCGUGGUGGGUCGAAGUACAGUGUAGACGAGGAUGAAUGGGAUGAAGAAGCACAGCAGGAUAUAUUGCAAGUCCUCGACGACUUGGCCUUAAGCUACAUCGUCAUUAACGACCUCCGCCCGCCAAACAUUAUACAUGCUCCGCAUGAUACGCGGAAGUGCGGCCGACAUAAAUGCGUGCACAAGUGGAAUCUCGUUGAUUUUGCCUGGUCAAUCGUCGAUGACCCCAAGACUCGAAACAAGGCAGGGUUCCUUCGCGAACUACAGAGAAACAAAUACCGUUGUCCGUACUUCUAUACUGGUAGACGCUGAAGCUAAGACCAGAUCCAUCGCACUGUCAUGGAAGUAAAGGGGGUGCGUGAGACCACUAUUCGCGUCGUAGCCUACACAUAACACUGCCGCAGG